CUCGCCGUGUAUUCCUCCAUCUUGACGUCGCUGCUUCUCAAUCGUACUCCUUUCCAUUCCAUCACGGGCACUUCUUUACCGACACUCCCGUCCACCUGACCCUCCUUCCCCGUGGCCGUGAAAAAAAAGACCUUUCUCAUUUUUUUCAAAACACAAAUACAAGGAGGAUAAAAAAUGGCAAGCAGUUUCUCGAGAAUCCUUUCCUCCAAACGACACAUCGGGAUCCUGACUUUGGUGGGAGGCUCGGUAACGGCUGGAUUUCUCCUCCACCGGGAACAUGUUAGCGCCGGAGUGCCUGUUCGCAGGAGGUACCCAGCGAGUGCGGAGUUCCCAGACCUGCGCAAACACAACAACUGCAUGGCCAGUAACCUCACACCUGCAAUCUAUGCUAAGCUGUGUGAUAGGGCCACUCCCAAUGGUUUCACACUGGACGAGGCCAUCCAGACGGGCGUGGACAACCCUGGGCACCCCUUCAUCAAGACCGUUGGCAUGGUGGCAGGGGACGAGGAGUCUUAUGAGGUAUUUGCAGACCUUUUGGACCCUGUGAUCAAGGAAAGGCACAAUGGCUAUGACCCCCGCGUCAUGAAGCACCCCACUGAUCUGGAUUCUAGCAAGAUCCAGUCAGGUCAUUUCGAUGAGCGAUAUGUGUUGUCGUCCAGGGUGAGGACAGGCCGCAGCAUCCGCGGCCUGAGCCUGCCACCCGCCUGCACCAGGGCAGAGCGCAGGGAGGUGGAGAGAGUGGUGGUGGAUGCCCUGUCUGGCCUGAAGGGUGACCUAACAGGGAAGUACUACAGUCUCACCCAAAUGACAGAAAAGGAGCAGCAACAGCUCAUUGAUGACCACUUCUUGUUUGACAAGCCGGUGUCCCCCCUCCUCACGUGUGCAGGGAUGGCUCGUGACUGGCCAGAUGCCCGUGGUAUUUGGCACAACAUUGAGAAGACAUUCCUGAUUUGGGUCAAUGAGGAGGAUCACACAAGAGUCAUCUCUAUGGAGAAGGGAGGAAACAUGAAGAGAGUCUUUGAGAGGUUCUGCAGAGGCCUGAAGGAGGUGGAGCGUCUGAUCCAGGAGAGAGGCUGGGAAUUUAUGUGGAACGAGAGGCUUGGUUACGUCCUUACCUGCCCCUCAAACCUGGGCACAGGACUGAGGGCCGGUGUCCACGUCAAGCUGCCCCUGCUGAGCAAGGAUCCUCGCUUCAGUAAGAUCCUGGACAACCUGCGUCUGCAGAAGCGAGGGACAGGCGGUGUGGAUACUGCAGCUGUGGGUGGUGUAUUUGACAUCUCCAACCUAGACCGCCUGGGACAGUCUGAGGUCCAGCUGGUGCAGACAGUGGUUGAUGGCGUCAACUACCUAAUUGAGUGUGAGAAGAGACUGGAGAGAGGACAGGACAUCAAGGUGCCCCCACCCAUCAAGCUGUCCAAGUAGACACUGAUCCCUCACCUCCCCACACAGACCUCUGGGCACACACACAUGCACAAAUUCCUCUCGCUCUCUGUGCCCAUAGAUAUUACAAAUAUCUAUUUCAUCGCCUCAUUUAUUACUACUAAUUACACCAUCCCACCCCACAGCAUACCUCUCUAGAAUAUAAUCUCUUUAUAUUAGAUGUAGCUUCAGGCUCCCAGAACUGCUUUGGGCCUAAGUGAGUGAAGCCUACUGCAGUAAAUUCAAAGUUUGAUUUAAGCUUAAAUCUAAAUCCUGCUCUAAGAUAGCAGUGGAUACGAAUAAGGAUGCACAAAUUAUGGGGCUGUUAUAAGAUGCCCUUUUCUGCAUGGCCCAACAUCUCUGGCUCUCCUAUCAAAGCACUCCUCAGCCUGCCCAAACCUGGCUUACUCCCUUCCUGUCGCAUGUCCUGUACACACAUCCCCUUUCCUCUCAUCUCUGUAGUUUCACUGUUCAUGCCUAUUAGCUAGUGCUUGUGUAGUUCAUCCAUCUGUGCUCACCGUGGAGGGUGGAUUGUGUGUACAUAGUUUACUUUAACUGUUCUGAAGUGGUUUGAAUGUAGACCAACAAGCUGAAGACAGAAGACCCAUGUGUUCUCCGGAUGAGUGGGUUGUUUGGUGACAUGCUGGUGUCAGAUUAUAAUUCACACUGGUCCAGUUAAGCUCUGUACUGUAUGCUACUGAAGCAAUAUCAUUUGAGUUUAUAACUGAAUGUCACGCUCUAAUGUCUUUUAUUAAAGAAAUCAUCUAUUUAACAGUA